AUGUCUACUCUUAUCUACUUGCCUUCCAUGGCCGCUCACACUCAUCUCUACGUCGAUCGCACUGCUGAAUCGAGCGCUUCUGCCGUCGAUGCCACUGCCAUCAAGCUCCCCGAGCACACCGCCUCGACUCCCGCCACCGCUGGCGCUGAGUCUUCCACCGCUGUCAAGCGCCCCCAGUCGGCUGUCAACACCGUCGAUACACCUCGCAAGAAGUUCAAGUACGCCAACAAGAAAGCCGACGACACCUACAGAGACAACGGAGGUCGUCAGAAGAAGGACGUCGAUCUCGUCAUCAAGAAGAACUGGGCUCGCAUUCGCGCUGGUGACUGGAAAGACCCACCCAAGGGUUUCAAGCCCAAGGGUACCGCCCAUCCCGCCGCCGCUACGUCGAUCCAACUCCUCGACAUCCAGAAUCAACUCUGGGACACUGCCAUGAAGAAGGGUGGCAAGGCCUUCCCCAAGGUCGAUGAGGAGCUCAAUGAGGACACCGUCCUUACCAACAACGUCUUCGACCGCAUGAUCAAGCACUACGGCACCGGCAAGAACGCUGGUAUGGAUGAGAAAGGCGUCCAGAAGUGCGUCGAGGCUGCUUGGAAGUACAUCCACGGACCCGUCGAUGUCAAGGCUGGAAAGAAGAAGGUCAACGUCGAUGUCAAGGCUGGAAAGAAGAAGGUCAACGUCGAUGUCAAGGCCGGAAAGCAGAAGAUCAAGAUCAAGCCUAAGAUCGAAGACGUCGAUGAGGUCGAGGAGGAUGACGAUCAGGUCGAAGCUGAGGUCGAUGAGGAUGAAGAUCAGGUCGAGGCUGAGGCCGAUGAGGAUGACGAUGAGGUCGAUGAGGAGUAG